CCACUUCUGGUGAGGUGCCCACACAGAUAACACAUCAUAGCUCCAGCCUAAAAUUCAUAAAACCUCUUCAACAGCAAUGAGAGCCAAGCCUCCAAGCUCAGCAAUUUCAGGAUGCUGAUGCCAAUUUUAGCUAAGAUUUCUCAGUCUACAUGUCCUGUUGCAAGUUGCUUUGGGCAGCAUCACCGCCACACUCGAUAUCAUGGCCGUUAUUGUACUUGGUGGGGGGCUAGAAGUAAGGUGAUUCUUUCCCCUUGCAGUGUAUUUGGACCCACGAAUGGCGCUCCAUCUGGUGAAAUUGUUAAAAAAAGAAAGAUUGUGGAGCACAUUAUUCUGCUUAGAGGCAAGCCAAAUAUCUCCGAUGCUGAAGAGAAGGACAUGCUUGAUUACUUGUAUACAUCUCAGUAUCAGAUGAGAGGGAUACUCGCAGUGUCAUUAGGCCGCAUAGAGCGCCCUAAUACCGAGAACUUCACACACGCUGUCUUCAUGCGUUUCCAGCAGAAGGAAGACAUUGCAAAGUUCCAAAGUAGCACAUACUAUUCCAAAGUUCUUGACGAGCACGUAAAACCCGUUUCCUAUGGCUUGGUUUCUGUAGAUUUUGAAUCUGAGGUGGAAGAUGACAUUACCCCUCUCUUUCGGAGGGGCGAGGAUUUUAACUAUGGUGUCGAGUUUAUACUGUUGUUAUCUUUCCUGGAGACUGCAUCUGGAGAGGCAGUGGAGGAUGCAUUAGCUCAUCUUCAGAAGCUGAUCAUCCAAUGCAGUUCCUUCAUUGUGCAGGCAACCUCAGGUUGCUGCCUGAAUCUUAUGGAAAGUCGGUACAGUAACGCAGCAGUCAUCCGUUUCCCAUCAUUCGACGACUUCAAAUUAUUCAGGGACAGCGUGGAGUACAAGGAUAUGUGGGCGUCGAAGCUUGAUCCGGUCGUCGAGAGGUCCCUGGAGCUGCAUUUCAUCGUUGAUCCCGUGGGCAGCCAACUGAUGUAGCACAUCCUGAGCCGUCCGUUGCUCUCUGCACUGCACUUGCAUAUUUCUGAGCCGUCGAAAGGGAAGAAGAGAGAUGCUGAAACUGGAAUGGAACAUAUUGCUAGCCACAUCGUUCCAAAUCCGUGAUCUUGUUUCGUGCAAAAUGCAUGCCGUGAUUUCUGUAUAAUGGGAAUAAAUUAGUGAGGGACAUAGCAGAUUAUUACUCCUGAGGGUAAGAUGAAAGUUGGUACAAGUAAAAAUAAGACGCACGCAAUUACAAAAUGCUGAAAUUAUCUGCA